GAAAUCCUUGUGGCACAUGGUAACACCAUGCUCCUCACCGCACGUUACGAAGACCUCCGGUGACCAUUACACAGCCGCCGGAAUCAUAACCAGUCCCAUCAUCUUUCUCUCUCAGACGGCCGGGAAUGGCUUCCUGCUCACACUCGCUCCUUUCUUCUUCUUCUUCUUUCUUCUCUACGAAUGGAAUUAUAGCUAUCCGCCGCUGUUCCCCGACAGACGCCAGAUUUUCAUCCUGUAAAUCUCUGUUUUACUGCCGGAACCCUAGCAUUACGACUUGCGCGUUCCGGCGCAGCUCUUCCGGAGAGGAAUCGCGCGCCAAUAAGGUUCUGGAUUCCAUUUUAGUGGCGUGCACUUCUGCAGCUUUGUCGCUCUCUCUGCUCCUUGCGGAUGUGGAUCGUGCGUCUGCCUUCGUGGUCACUUCUCCAAGGAAGCUGCAGACCGAUGAGCUCGCCACUGUCCGGCUUUUUCAGGAGAAUACGCCUUCAGUUGUCUAUAUCACUAACCUAGCUGCCAGGCAGGAUGUGUUUACAUUAGAUGUGUUAGAGGUGCCUCAAGGUUCUGGCUCUGGCUUUGUAUGGGAUAAAGAUGGUCACAUUGUCACCAAUUAUCAUGUUAUCCGUGGUGCAUCAGACCUCCGGGUCACUCUUUCUGAUCAGAGCACUUAUGAUGCAAAAGUUGUUGGAUUCGACCAAGAUAAAGAUGUAGCUGUGCUACGAAUUGAUGCACCCGAAGAGAAGUUGAGACCUAUACCAAUUGGUGUAUCUGCAGACUUGCUUGUUGGUCAGAAAGUAUAUGCCAUUGGAAAUCCUUUUGGGCUUGAUCAUACGCUCACUACCGGUGUCAUCAGUGGCCUCAGAAGAGAAAUUAAUUCUGCAGCAACUGGCCGCCCAAUCCAAGAUGUUAUACAGACAGAUGCUGCUAUAAACCCAGGGAAUAGUGGAGGGCCACUUCUUGAUAGUUCUGGAAACCUUAUUGGUAUAAAUACAGCUAUAUACUCCCCUUCCGGUGCAUCCUCUGGCGUUGGAUUUUCAAUUCCAGUUGACACGGUAAGUGGCAUUGUUGAUCAGUUGGUAAGGUAUGGGAAAGUAACCCGACCAGUUUUGGGCAUUAAGUUUGCUCCAGAUCAGUCUGUGGAGCAACUUGGAGUUAGUGGGGUGCUGGUCUUGGAUGCUCCUCCAAAUGGUCCAGCAGGGAAAGCAGGCCUUCUAGCUACUAAACGUGAUGGUUUUGGCAGACUUGUGCUGGGGGAUAUAAUUACUUCGGUAAAUGGUAAAAAAGUCUCUAACGGCACCGAUCUGUACAGAAUCCUGGACCAAUGCAAAGUGGGUGAAAAGGUAAUUGUGGAAGUUUUACGCGGUGAUCACAAGGAGAAGAUUCCUGUGAUUCUGGAACCAAAGCCUGAGGAAACAUAAGAUUUCUUGUUGUACUCUAAAAUUUUAAACAAAAAAAAGAAGUAAAAACCCUAUGGUAGUUUGGUAUAGGCAUUGAAAGGUGUACAUAACGAAUGCAGUCUUUUUAACAAGACAUUUCUGUCCCUUGUAGACAUCACUGGUGGAUGUCCUGUGACCUGAUAUUCAAUGGGCAUAUUUGUAAUUUUUGAAUACAAUUUUUAACAGUUGAAUGCGGAGUAAUUUGUAAAUUUGCUUUUGCUCAGUCAGUAACUGAUAAUAAGAUUUAUGUAAUAAG